AGCCUCAUCCGAUCAACAUUGUGGCAUCUAUCUGAGGUUCAUUAAGGCUCCUUUCUGCUUCAUAAAUGGGUUGCAAGACAAAUUGUGCGGUUUUUGUGGCGAUUUUCAGUAUUUCAGUGGUGGUAAUUCCUAUUAUUUUGAGUAGAUAUUCUGUCAACGAUGGAAAACCCCCACCCCUUGAUCGCGAGGAAUGGUGGGGCAAAGGGGACAAAAAAGAUGACGAACCGGACACCAACGUUUAUGAAUUCUCCGUCAGCUUGACAGACGAACUUCUGAAGGAUCUUGAAGAAAGAUUAUCCAAGACUCGUUUCUUUGAAAACUUGGACGGUAUCGAUUGGGAAUACGGUAUUAACCCCGACUACAUGAAACAAUUAACCCAACAUUGGAGGACGAAGUACAAUUGGCGUAAGCAAGAGGAAAUUCUCAACACUUACAAACACUACAAGACAAAGAUAAAUGGAAUAAAAAUUCACUUUCUGCAUUUUAAGCCUGAAUUGAGAGAGGGCCAGAGACUCAUUCCAAUUAUGUUGGUUCAUGGUUGGCCAGGGUCGUUUUAUGAAUUUUACAAAGUCAUUCCAAAGCUUAUAGCUUCUUCAACAGAAGAGUAUGCCUUCUCCAUUAUCUGUCCAUCGAUUCCAGGUUACGGUUUCUCAGAAGCCCCUCAUAAGCCAGGCUUUGAGUCCUUUGCGGCAGGACGAAUUUUUAGCAAGCUGAUGGCACGACUUGGUUAUGAUUCCUAUUACCUUCAGGGUGGAGACUGGGGGAGUGCGAUAACGUGUGCAAUGGCACUAAUGGAUCCCAGUCACAUUCGAGGACUUCAUUUAAACAUGUUCCCACUGUUCAAUAAAAACCCCUUAUCGUACAUUCAGGCCAAACUGUUCUUUCCAGAAAAGGAGCAGCAAAAGAUUUUUCCAAUAUCAAAGGUGUUGAUUAAAAUUCUCCGUGAGGGAGGAUAUUUUCACUUACAAGCAACUCGACCUAACACUGUUGCCUUGGCAAAUAAUGAUUCUCCAGCUGGCCUGGCAGCAUACCUUGUGGAAAAGUUUGCAAUGUGGAGUGGCUGUGCAACCAAUCACACAACAAUCUGUUUGGAAUCCUGCUUCACAAAAGAUGAACUGCUGACAAAUGUGAUGAUAUACUGGGCCACUCAAUCUAUUGCCCCGUCAAUGAGGCUGUAUUAUGAAGCAAUACACAGUGAUGAGGAAGUGCGUUCUGCAUCAAGUAUCCCCAUUACGGUUCCCUCAGCACUGGCUGAUUUUCCCCAUGAACUUUUUCGGACUCCAGAACCUUGGAUUCACAACAAAUUUACAGACGUUGUUCAGUUCACAGAAAUGCCUCGUGGCGGACACUUUGCUGCCUUCGAAGAGCCCGAGUUAUUUUCUGCAGAUGUUAUUCUGUUUGUCGCAAAAGUAGAAAAGCGCAUACUAGAAAAACAGCAGAGGAACUGAAGGAAUCCACUGGUUAAAGGGAUAUACAGACCUCUCAACCUCAAAACACCUAAAAUCUGGAGACUGAUGUAAAAAAAUCUAGAGAUUUCAGUAAAAAUCUGGAGAUUGGUCGACCGGCAGACAAAACCAAGUAAACACAGGUUCUUAAA